UAACACACCGAUGGGUACCCCGGUGCGAGGCAACGGUUUUAUGCUAGCUACCCAUUACAACAGUCCAACACUUGAUCAUCGAGUAUCGGGAGACUUGACAUCUUGCGGCCAGCUAUCUUCGUCUACGGUCUCGGCCAAUUGUUUUGCUUGCCUUUAUUUGCUUCAAAAUCCCGAUCAAUUUUCAACCAUCUUGCCUAGCCAACAUCAGGAGGGAUGCGAUCAUUUACAAUCAUUACCAACUCAACAUGAACACACAGCUUAUAUGCCUGCGCUUAAUCGACAUUUCGAUCCUUCAUUGGAACAACAGUUUGUUUCGGCUGGAACGACUUAUGGGAGACAGCCAGAAUCCCAUUCAUGAACCAACCUAUCCCAUUCUCAUUCAUUUACAAUUCACUCGAAAGGCGUUUUCUAGCUGCUGAAAAUCUUUCUCGUCUCCUUGUCCAGAUUUCUGCAUCGUUCAUCUUCAUCGGAUGUCCGGAACACAUUCUCCCAUCAUUGGAGUCUGUAGUUCUUCGGACUCGUCUCCUCGUCGAUACCGUCUCAAUCCUUUUUUUAACUUUUUGUUUGCAACUUAUGAUCUCCUAACUCCCUCUUCUCACUCCCGUUCUUCAGUUUUCGAAAAAAAAAAACUAUUUUCUCCGUUUUUCAUUCUUUCAAAUGAUUAUAAUCACAAAACAGUUUAUCUUUCAAGGAUCAGGCUGAUACUUGAACCCCAUAUCCAAUCUUGUACAAGUCCAAUUAUAAAUUCUUGGAUUCUUGGAGGGAAAGUAAGAUUACCUGAAGGAGUUGAUCCGAAACUAUAUAGACGCUCUACUUUGUUUCUCAUUCUGGUUGAAAAGUCACCUAAAAAAACUUCCUGUUCACAUCCUAGCUAUAAAAACUUAAAUUGACCAAUAUUUGUACAAAAUUAAUUAAUCAUGCUUUUUGUGUGCAUCU